UUCUUAUUUCAAUUAGCAAGUGAUUGCUAGCUAGGUUUCAAAGAGUGAAAAAUGUUCAACGACGAUAAUUACGUAUUUGGUGAUCAAAAUGUGCAAGUGCCAGCACAUUUGAAUUUUGGCAAGUUUCUUUUGGAUCGACUUCGUCUUCAUAAAAAUGAAAUAGCAUUGGAGCUAGGCGAUACACGUGAGAAACUAACAUACAAGGAAUUCACACAAUAUGCCGUCAAUAUGUCCGUGGCUUUGACAAAGCUGGGUGUGGGGCGGGGCGACAUUGUUGCAGUGGGAUCCGAAAAACGCAAUGAAUUCGUCCCGACGGUUCUUGCAAUCGUGUUCACCGGGGCCACGUACACCCCCUAUGAUUUAAAGAGCGGGAGAGCUGCUUUAAAACACAAGAUAAGCUUAACACGUCCCAAAUAUUUCAUUUGCUCAAAUCACUUUUGGAACACCUACAGUGACAUACUAAAGAGCUUUGAUUGCAUUGAGAAGUUCGUAACACUGGACGAUGGCACGGAAUCAGUAAUUUCCAUCAGAACUUUGGUCACGGAUGAUGCUGACGUAAAUAAGUUUGAGCCGGUGCAAGUUCAGGGACAGUCUGACAUCGCCUUCAUUUUGUAUUCCUCCGGCACCACGGGCAUGCCAAAAGGCGUACAACUGACACAUUUAAAUUGCAUCCUCAAUAGUCUGCCUGAUGAUUUCAGCGACGAGUCUCUAAAAACAGCGUUUCUCUUCGGAGAAUGGUAUCAUAAUUACGACACUUUUAUGACUUACAAAUUUUUACUUCUUGGAAGAAAAAUUGUGUACAUUAAUGAAGCAGAACCUGUAACUUUCCUGAAAACUGUGCAAGACUGUGACGUUAACAUAGCCUUUAUAGUACCAUCUUUUGUUUGCUACCUAUCAAAGGCGAAGGAAGCAGAAAAAUGUAAUCUCGAUUCACUCAAAAUUAUAUACUCCCGUUCAUCGCCUCUUCAUAACAAGACGAUACAAGAGGUCAAAUCAAGAUUUCCCAAGCUAAAAAAUAUUCUACAAGGUUAUGGAAUGACCGAGGCUGGGGAAUUGACCUCAGAGAGCUGGGGUACAAAAGGUCCUAAGUCUGGAAGCGUCGGAAUGGCUUCCCCUGGCAUUACUUUAAAGGUCGUGGACCCAGAAACCCGUAAAACUGUGGGUCCCAAACAACGCGGCGAAAUAUGUUUGAGGGGCCCAGUCUUCAUGAAGGGUUACAUUGGGGUCCCACCGUCAGAAUACUUGGACGAAGAUGGCUUCUUCAAAACCGGAGACUUGGGUUACUAUGAUGAAGACAAGUACUUUUAUAUCGUCGAGAGAAUCAAGGAGAUUAUUGUGUAUGACGGUUAUAAGAUAGCACCAUUGGAAUUGGAAACUAUUCUCCAACUGCACCCAGGAGUGAAAGAAGCCGGCGUGGUGGGUAAACCGGUGCCUGUCUACGGAGAAGAGCCAUCGGCCUUCAUAGUUAAACAAAAUGGCGUCGAUGUUACUGAACAGGAGUUGAUAGAUUAUGUUUCCACGGAGGUGCCACCAUUUAUGCAAUUAAGGGGCGGCGUAAGGUUCAUUGAAGAAAUGCCGAGGAAUCCCAGGGGGAAGAUUAUACGCCAACGGUUGAGGGAAAUGCUCAAAUGAAUUGUUUACCGCAUUAUACCUACACGUAUCUUUUAUCUACAUAAUAAUAUAUAUGAUCUAAAUAAAGAAAAUUAACUAAAAUUAUUCGUUUCAAUGUAAAAAUAAAAGCUAUCUCAAGCAUUCCAAUAUCAUGCAACAUACAUAACAAAUAAAUAUUGUGUUGGUACGUCGACCUAUUUGCAUUUCCAAGAUCUCAUACAAUUCUGAUUCUAGUCAAAUAUUACGUAGAAUAUGUAAAAGCAAAGACUAUUUGCUAAACUAAACAUAAGAGAAGCAAGAUUUGCCUUAUGAAUGUAUUUUCUUGCUUCGAAAGGAUUGUUUGAAAGACAAAACUUGCAGCAAUAUCUCCAUCUUACAUUGUUCAGAAGUUAUCAACAGUGUACCAUCAUUAAUUAAGUCUAACUACCCUGAGUGCUGACAAAGCGCAAGCAAGCGCCGCUACUAAAGGAACUAAGGAAGUACGCCUCUCGUAUUGUUUUUGACCUUUUUCUUUUAUUCGAAAAGAUGUUUGCGUCGGCCUCGUGAGUCAUUAUUAUAUCAUCAAGCUACUGUUGAAGAGGGAAACAAAAAACACCGCGCAAACGGAGCUCGCCUGAAAGCUUUGUACUACGUAAUAUAAUUCUACUUCGUAUUCCUGUCUUAUCUUCAGAGACGUCUUUAUUAAUUCAGUAUGAUUUGGAUUAUCAUAAUUCCUUACCUUUUGCCUAAAAUUACUUUGUAAUAGGACAAACACUUGGCAUAAACAGCUUUUGUUAAUUUGAAUUUUGGAAUUAAACUUUACAUUUAUUGGAUGAUAUUGAGAAUAACUUAUAGUCGUUAUUUAAUUGUAGAAUCGCUUUAUUUGAACCAAAUAAUUAGCUGCAAAAUUUAUUAGACUUUAUUAUUGCGGUCUACAAAAUGUAUCUAGGUUUAAGUCAGUAUGCUAAUAAAGAACUUUCCUGCGGCGUCAUUUGCA